UUAACUGUUCAUAAUUUGGCUAUUGCGAAUGAUUUAAAAUUAAAUUUAUUUAGUUGUAAGCGUGAAAGACCUAACAAUUUCGUUUAGAGAAGCGCCUCGUAGCUCACUAGACUUUAUAGUCUAGUCCAUACUUCUGAAUAGCUCUUACCACAACAAGCAUUCAGAAUGUCUGCACACGAGCAAAUGAGGGCGAUGUUGGAUCAAUUGAUGGGCACAGCUCGCAAUGGUGAAGCUGACAGUCAUGGUGUCAAGUUUUUUGAUGAUUCUGUGUGUAAAUCAUUUUUACUACAAUGUUGCCCACAUGAAAUUCUAUCUUCAACGCGAAUGGAUCUAGGUGAGUGUCCAAAAAUACAUGAUCUGGCACUGCGGGCGGAUUAUGAGUUAGCGUCAAAGACCAAAGAUUAUUUCUACGACAUUGACGCAACGGAGCACUUAGAGGCAUUCAUAGCAGACUGUGACCGUCGGACUAAUGCCGCCAAGCAGCGCCUGGCCGAGACCCAAGAGGAGCUGUCCGCCGAAGUGACCGAGAAAGCCAACUCGGUCCAUGAGCUCGCUGAGCAGAUCGGCCAGAAACUGGCGAGGGCCGAGGCGCUUGGAGAGGAGGGUAUGGUGGAAGAGAGUGUCAAGCUGAUGGGAGAGAUAGACGAAUUGCGUAAAAAGAAAGCAGUGGCGGAACAGGAAUACCGCAACUCAAUGCCGGCGUCGUCCUACCAGCAACAGAAGUUGCGCGUCUGCGAGGUGUGCUCCGCCUACCUCGGCAUACACGACAACGACAGGCGGCUUGCCGACCAUUUUGGAGGAAAAUUGCAUCUCGGAUUUAUCACUAUUCGUGAAAAGCUUGCUGACUUGAAGAAAAACGUAGAAAAAAGGCGCGAAGAGCGCGGUGCGUCCGAGCGGGAGCGCGGCGGGGGCGGCGGGCGGCGCCACUACGUCGGCGGCCGCGAGCUCGACCGCCGCGCGCGCCGCCACCGCGAGACCGCGCGCGACCGCCGCGACGACCGCGCCGACCGCAAGGACGCCGACCGCAAGGAAGCCGACCGCAAGGACGCCGACCGCAAGGAAGCCGACCGCAAGGACGCCGACCGAAAGGACGACAAGCGCGACCGCGGCGACCGGGACCGGGAGCGGGAUAGGGGCGAGCGGGACCGAGAACGCAAGAGGAGUCGAUCACGCAGCAAAAGCAAGCGGGACGGUUCCCGGGAGCGGUCGCGCGACCGCGACCGCGACCGCAACCGCGAGCGCGACUCGCGCCGCAGCCGCUCGCAUCUGUCGUCGUCGCGCGACCACCGGCGGGACUAGCGCCGCGUUCCUAGGAUAUUAAUACGGGACAAUAUUGACGCGCCAUACGAAUCUGAAACCUGAAGGUUGACCUGUUUCAUUUUGAGUAUUUUGACCUAUGAAUGUAAAGAAAACUAGUGAUUUAUACCAGGGGCAACUGGAGUAUCAUAGAAGUUACAGACGAAAAGAUGCUCGACUGCCGUGCCCCCAGAUUUCAUCAUGCUAGCUCAUUUCAAAUGAGCGCAGCUAGCAAGAUGACUGUAACUUGUUGUAUUAGCCUGGUUGCUCAGUUGUCUAUGAUUAUUCAGGCCUGUUUUAGUUGCUUCAUUACAUUUGUCUAAUAAUAAUUAAUGUUAAAAAUGCGUCAAAAUCACAUUGACAAAGAAAAAGUAGAGUAGAUUUAAUAUAUAGUGAGUUGAAUGACGAAAAAUAUUGUAAAUGAUGUUUAAAGAAAUUACUAUUCCAUUUUACGCCUUUUUUGGUGUUUAUAAUGGUUUACAGGCGCAAGAUUGACUCAUUUGUCGGAGACGGAUAUCAGUAGUUGUCUCAAGCGCUGCCAUCAGGGAAUGCAAUAACCGACCAUAGUUCAUAUAACCGGUUUCGGUUAUGCCCAAAAAAUAAGCGAUAAUUGGUUUUAAUAUGAACGGUUACGGUUAUUUUCGACAAAAAAUGAUAAACAACCAAGUAAUCAAUAAAUUACGAAAAUAAAGGUACAGUAUUAGGGAAUGUGUCUUCGUUUUUUAAUAAAACACACAACAUAUAGUGAAAGUGAAAUGAUGACCUUGGACGUGGUACAAUAUUCAAUCAAAAUAUUUCAUAAAUAAGGCAAGUAAAUUAGGUAUAUGUAUUUCGUUUAAAGUACGCGAAUGACAAAAAUUAUAGUCACAGGCGUCACAGCCAAAAAAAAGGCAGGAUUUUGUAAUCAUUAGAAGGUCAGUUCAUAGAAUUUGUCAUAAAUAAAUAACGUCACCGAUUAUUAGAGUUUCAAAUAAUCGUUUAUGAUUUUUUGUCAAAAUAAGCGGUUAUUAUUGAUUAUUUCGGUUACGGUUAUAACCGAUUUGCAUUCCCAUGGUGAUUAUAAUGAAAUAAUUAACAGUUUUAACGUGUACAGUUUUGUGGUCGAUUAGGGUUAUCUGAAACAUUAACGCUGUAGCAGGUGCCUACCGCGAACAUCGAAACUUAUUCUUUUUUUGUACUAUUCGAGGUAGCCCCACGAAGUUAUUCCGGAGUGAAUAUUUACUACGGCUAAAGUGUGAUCGAAAGAAAAGUGAAACUGGAGGAUUGCAUCUCGUUUUGAUUACGGAAUUAACGACGUCAUUUGACAAUAAUGACGUGACAAAAAACAAUAUGUAAUAUAACUAACUUGUGUAAGUGUGACACAGUCUUCUGGUUUGAUACUCUUUCGAAUCGUGUUCUCUAGUCUUCUCAGACCUCAGAUCACCUGUCUUGCUCGGUGAUAAGGACCAAUAGCAAAAAAGUAACACCGGGUAGUCCGGGUCUAAAAUUAUCCGUGGGUAGCCUUCAAGUAUUGCCAUCUAGUGCGAAAAAUAUCAGAUAACUCAUUGGUUUUAGCAGGUUCAGUUUCGUUAUAUCGAACUAUUUCCAUCUUCAUUAAUUUAAUUUGAAGUAAAACAAUUCGAAGCCAAUUCUUGCGCGACUGUUUAAAAAAUAGGAACAUUAAUGUAAUUAAUAUUUAGGUUAGUUGUUUUGUUUUAAAGUAGAAAAUAUAGCAAAAAUGAAAUAAAGCAAUAAGGACACGCACUAUUUUUGUUUGAUGUUUUGUUAGUAUUUCAUACAAUACUUUUAUUUGUAAUAGGUUUACCAAUAAGUAAGUGUAAAAGGUUUUAUGUAUCAGCUCACGUUUGUGUUAAAAUCGGAUCGGGAGUAGGUAGCAACUUGUACAAAGAUUACUGCUCUGCACUCGUUGAUUUAAUAAAUCUUUACCUAUUAAA